AUGCUGAGACUCCAAGGAAGCAGUCUUUGGGCUGCCCUGGGCGUCCUGCUCAUCCACUUGGUGGGGGGAGCACCCAACAACUGCCUAGACAGCGGCUGGUGCCGAGACAUGGAGAUGGAAGCGGAGGUCGAGGAUUGCCUCAGGGCCUGCAGGACCGACCUCUCGGAAGAAACCCCCGUAUUCCCCGGAAACGGCCACCUGCAGCCGCUGUCUGAGAGCAUCCGCAAGUACGUCAUGAGCCAUUUCCGCUGGAACGAGUUCGGGAAGGGCAACGGCACCGACAAGCGGGAAGAGUUUCCUCGCGGCCCCGCCAUGGAUGCCCUUCCGGUUUCUCCACCAGCCCGAGGCAGCUGGGAAACUGCUGGGCAGGGUGACCCGGAGUCCCUUGAGAGGCAGGAAGGCAAGCGGUCGUACGCCAUGGAGCACUUCCGCUGGGGGAAGCCGGUGGGGAGGAAGAGGAGGCCCGUCAAGGUCUACCCGACGGCGGAGGACGGAGAGGAGGAGCUGGUCGAGGGCUACCCCCAGGAAUUCCGCAGGGACCUCUCCUGGGAAGUGAACCCUGAGCUCGGCUUCCCCGAGGAGAACGACGAGGGCACCCGGUCUGAGGAGGAGGAGGAGGAGGGUGGCCCGCGGCCCUGGGAGGCCAAGAAGGACGGCACAGCCUACAAGAUGCGCCACUUUCGGUGGAACGUCCCUGCGCCGCCCAAGAAGAAGCGCUACGGAGGCUUCAUGAACCCCGAGCGCAGCCACACGCCCCUAGUGACUCUUUUUAAGAACGCCAUCGUCAAAACGGCCUACAAGAAAGGCCAAUAG